CCAUCUCGAGCCUGCGUUACUAACCAAAAAAAAAAAAAAAAGGACGGAUCUUGGCGAAGCUUACUCUCUCUUAUUCCCCCGAUCUAAUUCCGAUCAUGGGCAGAAAAUUCUUCGUCGGCGGCAACUGGAAAUGCAAUGGAACAGCUGAAGAGGUGAAGAAAAUUGUGAAGACGCUGAACGAUGCCAAAGUUCCAUCGCAGGAUGUUGUUGAGGUUGUUGUGAGCCCUCCAUUUGUCUUUCUUCCGUUGGUGAAGGAUUCCCUGCGCUCUGAUUUUUAUGUCGCUGCACAAAAUUGCUGGGUGAAGAAAGGUGGUGCUUACACCGGUGAGGUCAGCGCCGAAAUGCUUGUCAAUUUGGGAGUUCCUUGGGUUAUUCUUGGUCAUUCUGAAAGAAGAGCUCUGUUGGCUGAAUCAAAUGAGUUUGUUGGUGAUAAAGUUGCAUAUGCACUCUCUCAAGGUCUGAAGGUAAUUGCAUGUGUUGGUGAGACUCUGGAACAGCGAGAAGCAGGAUCAACUAUGGAUGUUGUUGCUGCACAAACUAAAGCCAUUGCUGCUCGGAUAUCAGACUGGAAGAAUGUUGUAGUUGCUUAUGAGCCAGUUUGGGCUAUUGGAACUGGCAAGGUCGCAACCCCGGCUCAGGCCCAGGAAGUUCAUGAUGGUCUGAGGAAAUGGCUUCACAAGAAUGUGAGUGCUGAAGUUGCAGAAUCUUGUAGGAUCAUAUAUGGAGGUUCUGUAAAUGGUGCAAACUGCAAGGAACUAGCAGGCCAGGCUGAUGUUGAUGGAUUUCUUGUUGGUGGGGCUUCUUUGAAGCCUGAAUUUGUGGACAUCAUCAAUGCUGCCACAGUGAAGUCUGCUUAAGCGAUGGCCUGUUUAGAAAGUUUUUGUAAAAUCGUCGUGUGGUCUUUAAUUCUGCAGUUUUUCAUUUUGAAGUUACAUACUGUAGUAUUUCGCCUGAAACUACGAGUUAAAGCGUACAGAAACAGGCUGCAAGUAUCAAUAAGGGUGUUUUUCUGUAAACAUGCUAUUCCCGUGUGAAAUUCUUCUAUCGAAGGUUUUUCUGUUA